AUGGAACACUUCGGAUUUGAAGAGGAGGUUUUAAUUAUUGAGCCAGUCAUCGACUUGCGAGAAGCCUUUGGAGAGAAUGGAACUGCGACAUGCAUGAGCGAGUACAUGGCACCACUUCUGCAGCUAGGAUCCCCGUACAUCCUGCGGCCCCACAAAAUAAUGAAGCGCGAGCAGCACUGCUUUAUCCAUUACUACAGGCCAAAAGGUUCUAUUUUACUCAGCGAUCUGGUGACAGAAUACCGAAUACAACACAUGGAGAUUGCCGAGGAGCUUCUCUGGCGCAUUUUCUAUUGCCUUCUCCAUGCAAUCCAGCAUCUCGAGCUCAAUAAGAUCUCGACCAUCCAGCUGAUUUCUCAACAGUCCGUACUCCUCCUAGAGAAUGGGAUGGUCCAGAUCUCCAUUCCCCAUGCGAUCAGCGUCUCGACUCUGCAUCUCGAUAAAAGCCUAUUGGACCAAUUGAUGGGUCUACAUGCAUGCGUCAAUGAUCUAGUGGAACAUAAUGCCCUUGUCACUCGGCGUUGUCGGCUGGGGGCAGAGCAGGAUGGGUCUGACACGUUGGACAGAGACAAUGCACUAGGUAGUGUUCCUACCGAGAAAAGAGCUAUCAAGUCAGCUAUGCGUGCAAGGACUCCGGUAAACAUGAUACGAUUUUCCACAGAGAUCUCCUUGUCCGUUCGGCGGGCGACGUCGAGACCAGCCAAAUCAUCUCUAGAAGCAUCGGCAAACGCCUCCCUCUGUAUACCAACACUCAAGUAUGUUCUUGCGUUAAUGAACUCCCCUUCAUUCAAUGUCAUUAUGACGGCAGAAGCACUGCUGAAUACCCCGAAUAUCCACAAGCUCAUGGAGCCCAUCAAACAAAGCUACACACAAAAACUAGACACAUCGAAGUACUUCCUUUGCCCACUUAUUGAAUCUAUGCUGGCAGGAGAUAGCUGGUUCAGCGAGAACACGCUCUAUCUUCUACACUUUGCUGGCCGUGUAGAUAGAGUGGGACGCACAUCGCUGAUUCAUCUAGCGAGUCAACCAGUCGGCUCACUCUACCCAUCCCCUCGCGAAUAUUCUCUCGCCACUGUGACAUCUGAAGGCUGUGCUUCUUCUUCAGCUCGCAAUCAACGCGUCGUUGGAUUCCUCAUUGACUACGAAAAUUCAUACAUUGAUAGCAAUGGUGGAUGUGCAUCUUGCUAUGCAUUGGCAUCAGGCAAUCUAGAGUUGUUUUCCAUGCUGAAGGAGAAGGAGGCGCACAAGUAUAAGGCAUCCGGUAUUACCCCUCUUGUGCUCACAAUCUCUCAUAAACCGGAGGAUCUACCAGAUUUGAGUCUGUUGCUGCCCCAUGCCGACAGAAAGCUGAUUAGUGGCCACACGUGUUUGAUGCUCGCGGCAGUGUAUAACGCAUCUGCCUGGGUCCCACACUUUAUAGAUCAGAAGAAUGCAUAUCUAACAGAUGGCACGUCAGCCCUCAUGUUGGCAGCCGACCGUGGUCAUACGGCAAUUGUAAAAAUGCUCGCACCUCAUGAGAUUAAGCAUCGCGACAAGAAUGGAAACACAGCGCUGCUGAGGCUUUUAAAGAGUUGUCUGACUUGUCUGAAAUCUUCGCCAGACCUUUGGAAGGAGUUGGGAUUGGAUGAGCGUCACAAAAUACUGCAGGAUAUCGUGUCAAUCUUGGCUCCUGGAGAGUCUGACGUAGUUGAUAGUAGGGGUAUAUUCCCGAUUGACUAUGCUAUAGAGCUAAACGACGAGGAAAUAGUGCAGAUUCUGGCCACGCAUCCAUAUCCGAAGAGACUCCCAGGACAGAGAACGCGCAUGAUGAACGCAUGCAUGAAUGCCAACUAUGCGCUCACCUGCGCCCUUUAUAGAUCGGAGGUGGGAAUCAUUGAUGACGACGGACGCACAGCCCUAAUGCACCUUAGCAGGAGCCCGGAGACCACAGAGGGUCUGCGCUGCACUCAGCUACUAUUGCAGAGCGAAGUCAGUCUGCGUGAUAAGGAGGGAAAGACGGCCUUAAUACAUGCGUGCAUGUGCGGGAAUAUAGAGCAAGUCAAGCUGCUUUAUAGGUAUGAAUGCGGUCUCCUGUACGUUGAUAAGGAGACCCAGGAAGAGCUUACAGAGCUGCAACUAAUACAACGAGUGUGCGCAUCGGAACAAAUCCUUAAUUACAUUAAUGGUAACACUCCUGUUCCUCGAGAUACCCUAGAACGAACGCCUCUUAUGAAGUAUGCUGUUUAUUCUAGCCGCAAGAUGCGAGGUGUAAAACGUAUUAACUGUGAAGCAGAUGAGGUCGAUAUUCAGAGCCCUGAACUGAGCCUAGACUGCAAAAGCUUCUACACAGACAUUUUCACUAGCGAAUUAUACGCGCUCGUGGAUGCCCAGGCUGGAAUGAGGGAUAAAAACGGCAAGACGGCCUUAAUGUAUUGUGCUCAAUACAAUAAUAUCAACUUAACAAAGCUUCUCGUAGGGAAGGAGCUGUACCUUAGAACCAUAAGUGGAGAGACUGCGCUCAUGCACUGUAGCAAAGAGCCUCUGAUUUCUUGUAAGAUCCUAGAGCACCUGGUCAAGGAGUCGGGUAUUACCGAUACACAGGGUCGGACGGCAUUGAUGCAUGCCAUCCAGUGUGGCAACAUCAAACUUGCAAACGCCCUGAUCGAGCGAGAGGCCGGAGCUGUGGAUGUGUCUGGGCAUUGCGCUUUGCACUAUUCAGUAUUUAACAAAAAGCUGAACCCUGUGUCUACCAAGCUGAUCUCUAAGGAGAGUCACAUCACUGACAGGCGCGGGCACACCUCAUUCAUGAUUGCGUGCCAGGCUGGAAACGAAAAGAUCGCAGAACUGCUAUUCAAGCCAGAGUAUCUGGGAGUCAAGGAUGGUAGAGGAUGGACCGCACUUAUGUAUUCCUGCCAUUUUAAAAUGGAACGCCUCAUCGAGAUGACCCUGGAGGAUGCCGGCACAACUAUGUCAAGAAAGCAGUGUCGCUUCCCUCACGACUGCUAUCUUCAGCACAAGAUCCUUGCUGCCGUAGAUAAAGACUGCUUGACAGCCCUUCACCUAUAUAUACAGGCACAGGGGUGUUGUGAAAGCACCCUGAGUGCUCUGUACAUCAAGGAGAGAACCAUAAGCACGGCAUCUGGAAAAUCACCCUUAUAUUUGGCGAUCGCUGUGAGAAACACAGUGGCUGCAGAGGCAUUGUCACGGUACGAAAUCGAUAGGGGCGACAUAUAUGACAACAAAGGCAACACACCGCUUAUGACAGCUGUUCUCGUGCGGGAUAUAGCUACCAUUGAGCUCUUAGCUCCAUACUUUUGUGGACUGAAAAAUAAAAGGAACGGAAAGAGUGCACUCUUUAUGGCAAUAGACAACUGCUAUGAAGAAGGGUGUGCGGUGUUGUGCCAGUACGAAGCCAAAAUCCUGAAUAAGCAAGGCAAAUAUCCGUUCUAUGCGGCCAUAGAGAAGAAGCAGAAGAACAUUGCACAGCUACUACUGCCGUGGAAUGCCGGACUAAUAUCUCCGUCUGGACACUACGCUCUGUAUGCAUCGUUAACUAACGGCAUGGCAGAUAUAUCCAUGCAGCUGAUCGAACGUGAGGAGCGGUACCUACCUCUUGACAGGGUGUCCCAUCUGAUGGUAGCCGCUGCCACACACAAGAAUAUCGAGCCAUACAUGGAUUGCGCAGGGAAGCAAGACAAGAACGGAUACACUGCUCUAGUAUACGCUAUCCUCUGCGGCAACAAAGAGGCGGCCCAAGUUCUCCUUGGGAAGGAAUCUGAUCUGGCAGACAAGACUGGCCAAACUGCCCUUAUGUACGCAGCGCAGUACGGCAUGAAUGAGGUUAUCACCAGCCCACACUUUUCGACGUGUCUUCAGAAGCAAACGCAAAAGGGUUGGACGGCUUUAAUGUGGGCAGUAGCAAGCGGCAAUACAGAGGGGGUAGAGCUCCUCAAGACUGCAGAGGCGAGACUUACCACUGUAGACGGCGAAACCGCGUUGAUGCUGGCAGCAAGAAGCGGGCAAGCGCGUGCGGUGGAGGCGCUGGCGCCACUUGAGGGCGGGCUCUGCGUGACAGCUCUGAGUUCCCUUCAGCGUGGAUUUACAGCCCUACACUUUGCAGCGACUGGGGGUCACGAAGAGUGCGUGAGAAUUCUCUUAGAGCUUACGCAAGAAGCAUACACAAGAACCUUUGCACGGAAAACAGCAGCCGAGUGGGCCCGCACUUACAACUUCCCUGCGUGCGCAGAGCUCAUAGAGUCAGCAGUGUCCUUAGCGAAGGCAUCAGAGGGGCUGACAGACCCCAAAGGAUCCGAGAAAGUUUAA